AAGCAAACAAUUAGUGAGGAGAGGAGGAAUGAUUUUUAGAUUAAUUAUUAUUAUUUACUCUGCAGAAGCCCAACCCCAAGUCCCUCCUCCGGAAGAAGUUUAGAGAGAGAGAGAGAGAGAGGAGGGUUAAGCUUGUGCAGUUGAUGAUCAACAGAGUCCGCCAUGACUGAGAGGAGCAGAGGUCCAUGCCCUUCUUCUUUGCUCAAUGAUCCGACCGUUACACCAUCGCUGAGUAGCCACCACUGACACCUGUCUCUCUGCUCUCUUCUCCUUGGCGAGGACCUGAGACUCCCUUAUGUAGAAUUUAUUGGCCGGUGGAGAGAUGAAAAGGGUUCCCGAACCAAAGCCACUCCCCGUGAAAUUCCCUGUUUCUUAUCAAGUUCCGGGCAUCGCCCUUCCCUCUAUUAGAGAACUCGGGGAUGUGCUCGAUGUAGACAUGUCAUUUUUAGCAGAACUCCAUCAGAAGCCAAACGGCCAUGCUACCUCAUUAAGAGAGGAGCUCGCCCGCUCCAUUGCCGACGAACACGAGGACCUGCAUUUCACUGCACCUCUGAGAACCGGGAAAGGAAAAGAUUCUCUACCCGAACUUGAAAAGCCAAGGCCAGAUGUAGUCAGUGCGAAGGGUUUCACUGGAUCGUUCCGUGAAAUCGGCCCCAGCUCAUUUUCCGGGGCCAGGCAUCCACCUGAACCAAUUGACAUGGACCUAAUGAAGCCGGUCUUUGUCCCCAUCGGUCGGACGAAACCAGAGACUGGGCCAUUAUUGAGGAGUAUGUCUAUUAAGGGGCACUUUCUAGAAGAUCUCCCAAUUCAGGAACCAGGCAAGAAACCAGGCCCACCUACCGUUCUCUCUCCCUCACAGAGUUUGGUCGAAGAACCUGAUGAGCCAAAUGCCCUUUCUUAUACAUUUUCUGUUCCUCCAACAUCAUCCCAGGGAAAGAACUUGCAAACCGUUCUCCCCACUGUGGACUCGGAUGAUAAGGAAUGUGUGUGGGAUGCUUCUCUGCCUCCAAGUGGAAACGUAAGUCCACACAGUAGUAUUGAUAGUAGUGGCCUUUUCACUGCGAUGAGUAUUGUAAAUAGCUGCUCGAGCGCGAACAGGAGUGAUGCACUCAUGAGUGAUGGAAUGCUGAGUCUUGGGAGGAACUGUGAGAGCACGAAAGGGAGCAUUCAGGGAGAUUCCUUGGAGAGUGCAAAAACUAGUGUCAGUCGAGUUAGUGAUAGUAGCGGCCUUAGCGAUGAGAGUAAUUGGAGCAAUAUCACUGGGAGUGCCAAUAAGCCCCACAAGGGGAACGAUCCUCGGUGGAAGGCUAUCCUUGCGAUUAGGGCUCGGGAUGGGAUUCUAGGGAUGAGCCACUUCAGGUUGCUCAAGAGGCUUGGUUGUGGGGACAUUGGAACUGUAUAUCUUUCAGAACUCAGUGGGACCCAUUGUUACUUCGCCAUGAAAGUCAUGGACAAGGAGUCCUUAUCCGUCCGGAAGAAGCUGAUCAGGGCACAGACGGAGAGAGAGAUCUUGCAGCUGCUGGACCAUCCCUUUCUUCCAACAUUGUACUCACAUUUUGAGACGGACAGGUUUCUAUGUUUGGUCAUGGAGUUCUGCCCUGGAGGGGAUCUCCACACCCUGAGGCAAAGACAACCUGGAAAGCAUUUCUCAGAGUACGCUGCAAGAUUCUAUGCUGCAGAAGUUCUAUUGGCGCUCGAGUAUCUCCACAUGCUUGGAGUUGUAUACCGGGACCUAAAACCUGAGAAUGUCCUUGUGCGUGAAGAUGGCCAUAUAAUGCUCUCCGAUUUCGACCUCUCUCUCCAGUGCACUGUUUCGCCCACUCUCAUAAAGACAUCAUCAUACGAUUCCGAACGGCCCUUCUGCAUCCAACCUUCCUGCACUGAGCCAUCCUCUGCUUGCAUCCAACCCUCCUGCUUCCUCCCACGGUUAUUUCCCUCGAAAGGUAAGAAGAAGACUGGGGGACGAGGCCGGGCGGGCCCCAUACUCUCCUCCAGUAAUGCCACAGUUGAGCUCGUGGCAGAACCCACCUCAGCCCGAUCCAUGUCCUUUGUUGGAACCCAUGAGUACCUUGCCCCAGAGAUAAUAAAGGGCGAGGGCCAUGGAAGUGCAGUUGACUGGUGGACAUUUGGGAUAUUCCUCCAUGAGCUUCUUUACGGGAAGACCCCAUUCAAGGGCUCGGGCAACCGUGCGACGCUAUUUAAUGUGGUUGGUCAGCAGCUGAAGUUCCCUGAUUCGCCUGCUACGAGCCAUGCAAGUCGAGACCUGAUACAGAGCCUGCUUGUGAAGGAGCCCCAGAACCGGCUUGGGGUGAAGAGAGGAGCAACCGAGAUCAAGCAGCACCCUUUCUUCGACGGUGUGAACUGGGCUCUGAUCAGGUGCAGCACUCCCCCCGAGGUGCCGAGGCCAGUGGGGUUUGAUAUGCCACCGCCUCGAAAAUUCGGUCCUAUAGAGCCAGUUAAUGGGGCCGUCAAUGCUGGGAAAAGGCCUGUCGGGACAGAGAUGAAGCCUGGGGGUAAUUUUCUCGACUUCGAGUUCUUCUAGUUCUAGUUGAUGCAAGGUAGUUUUAGCAUGAGAUGAUAUUAUACUGAAAAUCAUAGUUUUAACAUACAAGCAAGCAUUUCCCACUUUUAGGGAAUUAAUUUUAGUGUUAAAUCUUCCUAGUUUAAUUACAGAAUCUUGUUGCAAUCUCGCUGAAGAACUUGUAUGGUUGAUGGGAUUCUGCAUUCUUUCCUGUAAACUUCUUAUUCACCCGGAACCUCACAUUGCAGAAACUUGCAUGGUAAGGUCCAAGCUGUUGGCUGUAUGGUUAAACGCAUAGUUUUGAAAGCCA